AUGCGCGUGAUCCUGGCCCCAGGCCGCACGUGCAGCUGCCGGUCUCGCCACAUCCUCGCCGCGCUGGGCUUCAUCGGACUGGCCCUGGUGUACGCGCUGCGCGUGAACCUCAGCGUGGCCAUGGUGGCCAUGGUGAACAGCACCGGGGCUGCACACCAGGACAACAGCAGCGCGUACUGCCCGCAGCCCGUGCCCUUAAACGGCAGCCACCCCGCACAGCUGCCCUCUGUCGCCGUUUACAACUGGAAUUCGAAAAUCCAGGGGUGGAUCCUCAGCUCCUUCUUCUACGGCUACAUCAUCACCCAGGUGCCCGGGGGUUACCUGGCUGUCAGAUACGGAGGCAAACUGCUGUUCGGGAUGGGCGUGAUGGUCACCACGGUGCUCACGCUGCUCACGCCGCUGGCCGCGGACCUCGGGGUGCCCUGGAUCAUCCUCGUGCGCGUGCUGGAGGGGAUCGGAGAGGUGCGCUCCCACACGGCUCCAGGCGGCUCCACCCGCUCCCCGGGGGGUCUAGCACCCUCGCCAGUCCCCACUCUCUAUCCGUGGUACGAGAUGUCAGUGGAGGCGCGCGACCCACGCUGCCCCUUCCGAGUCCGGUCAGCUCGAGUCCCCGGGGCGCUGCUCGACGUUGAGGCUCCAGCUCAGUCAGGGUUCCACCUCCUCCGGACUACCAGCAGAGAGCGGCCCGGGCGAGACAGCGCACGCGCGGGGAGCGAGGGGGCCGGCCUGGAGCCGCGAGGGGGCCGGCCUGGAGCCGCGAGGGGGCCGGCCUGGAGCCGCGAGGGGGCCGGCCUGGAGCCGCGAGGGGGCCGGCCUGGAGCCGCGAGGGGGCCGGCCUGGAGCCGCGAGGGGGCCGGCCUGGAGCCGCGAGGGGGCCGGCCUGGAGCCGCGAGGGGGCCGGCCUGGAGCCGCGAGGGGGCCGGCCUGGAGCCGCGAGGGGGCCGGCCUGGAGCCGCGAGGGGGGCGGCCUGGAGCCGCGAGGGGGGCGGCCUGGAGCCGCGAGGGGGGCGGCCUGGAGCCGCGAGGGGGGCGGCCUGGAGCCGCGAGGGGGGCGGCCUGGAGCCGCGAGGGGGGCGGCCUGGAGCCGCGAGGGGGGCGGCCUGGAGCCGCGAGGGGGGCGCCCGUCCGUGCCUCCCCAGCGAUGGCGCGGGCGUGACCUACCCCACCAUGCACGCCAUGUGGGCGCUCUGGGCGCCUCCGUAUGAGAGGAGCACCCUCAUCAGCAUCUGUUACUCCGGUAAGAACACACAGCCGCCUCCACCACCACCAUUAGCACCACUACCACCACCGCACUCCACCUUCCCCUCCCCCCUCCCCCGUGUGCCACGUCCAGGUGGACAUUUCGGCACCGUGGUGACCAUGCCGCUGUCGGGAAUCAUCGCUGAAACGCUCGGGUGGGCUUCAAUCUUCUAUAUCUUCGGGGGCAUGGGCCUGCUGUGGUCCUUCUUUUGGUACUUCUUCGCCUUCAGCUCCCCGGACAGCCACCCGCGCAUCUCGCUGGCCGAGCGAGAGUACAUCCAGACCACGCUGCGGGCGGAGCGCCAGGCCUCUCCUCUGCCUACGAUCUGCUUCCCUAAAACCACAUCCCCUACCUCGUCUACCCCGGCACACCACACUCGACCUUCCCGAUCUUUCGCCCUCCGUGUCCGCGGGGCUCAGGUUGAGAAGCGCUUUUCGUCCGUGCCCUGGCUGCGCAUGGCUUUGAGUCUCCCCGUGUGGGCGCUCAACGUGGCCAUGUUCUGCAGCAGCUGGGCCUUCUACACCAUCUUUACCUCCAUGCCCACCUUCAUGAGCACCGUGCUGCACUUCAAUCUCCAGGAAAACGGCCAGCUGACCGCGCUACCCUACGUCGCGGGCUGGCUGUGCACGCUGCUAGGCGGUUGGGCAGCGGACGCCAUCCUGCGGCAGAAGCUGCUCUCCACCACGGCCACUCGAAAGUCCCUGACUUUCCUAGGUCUCGCAGCCCCCGGCGCCUUCCUGGUGGGCGCCGCGUUCGUGGGCUGUGACCACGUCCUCGCCGUGUGCUUCCUCACGUUCGCCGUGGGCACCAGCUCCUUCGCCACGGCUGGCUGCUGGGUCAACCAGCUGGACAUCGCGCCCCAGUAUGCCGCGGUGCUGCUGGGAAUCUCCAACACCAUCAGCAGCCUCCCGGGCUUUCUGGCGCCCGUGGCCACCGGCUACCUGACCCAACACAACACGCUGAUGGAGUGGCAGGUGGUGUUCUACAUCUCGGCCGCAAUCAGCUUGUUCGGAGCUUUCUUCUACGUGGCAUUUGGAUCGGGGGAGCAGCAGAGCUGGGCUUGGGAAGCUGGGCCCGAGGUGGGGGCCUCCCCAGGGGUCUCCUUUCUCACCGAGACCAGUCUGACCAUCAAGGGGCUGGACCCUCCAGUCACGUCGUAA